ACAUGCCCCGGGUAGGCGGAGUUUGCUCAUUUUAGACAAUUCCAUUGGUCCUUAAAAAAACAUCUCCACUCACGUGGGGCACCGGGCCAUGCAAAACGAACUCAACCAUUGCUCUCCAGGGAGGGUUGUAGAUGUCCUCUGUACAGUCUACUCUCACACAGCAGGGUUAGUCCUGAGCUUCUGGCUGUAACCAAACAAAGGCUGUCACUAGUUGCUGCCCCUACACUAGGAUCAGGAAACUCUCCUCUCUCUAUGCUUUAGCGCUCAACCUCCCUCCCUUUUCCUCCCUCUUCUCCCGCAGUGCGUUAACCGGCACAUCCCUACACUAGAAGCAUAAAUGCGCUCAACACCCCACCAGCCAAUCAAGAGCCGGUUAACGCACUGCGGGGAGAGAGGGAGUGAGAGCACUAAGCAUACAGAGAGGAGUUUCCUGAUCCUAGUGUGGGAGCAGCAACUAGUGACAGCCUUUGUUUGGUAAGAGCCAGAAGCUCAGGGCUAACCCUGUUGUGUGAGAGUGGACCGUACAGAGGACAUCUACAACCCUCCCUUGAUUUAUCUUCAAGGGAAGGGGCUUGGUCAUCAAGUCAAGUGAGGCUAUUAGGGAUGGUGCAGACUCGACAAACUAGCUUCGUUGUUAACACUUGGGGGUGUGCAGAGGAGAGUCCUUGGGAUUAGGGGCUGGAGGAAGGCUUUCGGCUGGCUGGUGGCUAUCUUUACAGAGAACAAGGAGAGGCUAAUGUGACCACAGAGAACACCAAUGGCUUCUCUACCCCCCCCAACCCCUCCAACCUCAGUGCCUAUGUCCAACAGGGCCUCUAAGAUGGAGGAUGAUGAGGAAGAGGAAGGUAUGAAGUUUGACUUUGACAACAGUGACGAAGAGUGCAGUACGACACCAGCAAACUCUGUCUCUGCCAUGGCCAAGGGCUUUGAAGCCACUGUGAUGGCGGGGCUUGCAUCAAAAAGGAACACAAUGGUCCCUAGUUCUGCCCAAGACCCAACAGUAAAGCCAAGGCUCAAUGGAUGGCCGUCUGCUGGAAAGGAGGACCAGAGCAUGCACUCACUUCCUCAUUCCAAUAGCUCAGAGAUGGCUGGAAGAAGGUCUCCUGAGGGCCGCUCUGAGCUGGGAGUGUCAGGAGACACAGAGGGCUCUGGGAGAAGAAAUGGCAUUUAUGAAGCAGGAUCUAUGAAUGAGUGCUACUACACCCCUAUCUUAAAGGCUGACCACAUAGACACUCAGACAGUUCAGGCACCGUAUGGAGCCACCUCAGCCAAGGAGUGGUUCAGUGUGGUCUCAGAGCUCACUCUGCGACUGCAUAAAGGGAAACCUCCCCCUAUUCUUGAUGUAGGAGGUCCAGGUGAUGCAGCAAGUCCUGAAAAUGAAAAUGUGUCUAGUCCGGAGGGCCUGCAAAGUCCAGAUGGUCUGGCCUGCACAGACAGCCCACCCAGCCCCACCAGUCCCGAUAACGUCAUGAUCGAUCCGACCCUCCGCCAUGACAUGACCAACUCGACCAGCCCUGAUGACAUCAUCAUGACUAGUCCAGAGGCCAUCUUUAGGACCAGUCGUCCAGUGGUCAUCUAUGAUGACGUGCCCUGUGAGAGCCUCCUCUCUCCUCUGGAAGAUGACAUCUACGAGGACGUCCAGAGGCCAGAAAGCCAUCAUGGCACCAACAACGGUUGGAGCGACAGUGAGUUUGAGAGCUAUGAUGAGCAGUCAGACAGCGAGACCAAAAUACCCACUGUUGCCCGAAGCAGUAGUAAGCUUUCUCAGGACAUGUGGCGACUGAAAGAGCGCUGUGCCAAGACCAAGCAGGAUCUGGCCAUGCGCAGCUGUGACUUCAAGGUCCAGAUGCUGAUGAAAGCAGCRCGAAAUGGCACCAAGGACGGACUAGAAAAGACAAAGUUAGCUAUGAUGCGUAAAGUCUCUUUCCUGCAGAAAAAAGAAACCACGGAGGAGAGUGAUGAUGACGCUGGUUAUCUGGACGUGAUGGUGUCUGAAGUGAAGCACCCACCGCCCCAGCUGAGCCCUAUGCCAAAGGGGCUUACCACCCAACAGAUUAUUAGACGCCACAUCAUUGGUUCMAUCGUACAAAGUGAGAGGAGUUAUGUGGACUCUCUCAAGAGAAUCUUAGUGGAGUACCAGAAGCCCUUGCUUGAGCCAGAGGCCCGGAUCCUGAGCGAUAAGAAGGUCCGGCCCAUAUUUUACCGGCUGCGGGAGAUCCUGCAGUGCCACUCAAUGUUCCAAAUCGCCCUGGCAUCCCGUGUGGCCGAGUGGGACCUCAGUGAGAAGAUCGGAGACCUCUUUGUGGCCUCGUUUUCCAAGUCAAUGGUACUAGACGUGUACAGCGACUACGUCAACAACUUCACUAACGCUAUGGCGCUCAUCAAGAAAGCCUGCAUUUCCAAGCCAGCUUUCCUGGAGUUUCUCAAGAAGAAGCAAGUGUCAAGUCCUGACAGAAUCACUCUUUAUGGCCUUAUGGUUAAACCAAUCCAGCGCUUCCCUCAGUUCAUCCUGCUGCUACAGGACAUGCUGAAGAACACUCCCCGGGCCCACCCUGACCGCCUGCCCCUGCAGUUGGCCCUCACCGAGCUGGAGACGUUGGCCGAGAGGCUGAACGAGCAGAAACGAGUCGCUGACCAGGUCGCUGAAAUCCAGCAGCUGGCACGCAGCAUUGGUGACCGUCAACUGAGCAAGCUCUUGAACUCAGACCAGAGGCAGCUGAUACUGUGUGAGGUACUGAUUGAGACAGUGUACGGGGAGAAAGGACAGGUCCUUAAAUCCAAGGAGCGCAAAGUUUUCCUGCUGAACGACACCCUCAUCUGUGCAAACAUCAACGUCAAGGGUCCCCCUGAUAUCAGCAGUCUAGUUCCCAUUGGUCCUAAAUACACAGUGAAGUGGAGUGCCCCCUUGUUGCAGACGCAGGUAGUGGAGGUGGGACAGGAGAGCUUCCAGAGCAAAGAUACAGGGAAACGGCCAAAUGUUGCUAAUGUUCCAGGUAAAGUGUUCCUGGGCCCUCCCAGACUGUACCAGGAGCUGGAGGAGCUACAACACGACCUGUCUGUGGUUGAAAACAUCACCCUGCUGGUGGGGACUUUACAAGGCACCUACCAGAACCUGAACACAACAGUAGGGCAGGACUGGUGCCUUGCACUGCAGAGGCUCAUCCACAUCAAAGAUGAACAGAUCCAGUGUGCCAACAAGUGCCGUCUGCGGCUGGCUGUGCCAGGCAAGCCUGACAAAUCUGGACGACCGGUCAGUUUCAUGGUGGUUUUCAACACUCCCAGUCCCCUCAGCAAGAUCUCCUGGGUCAACCGCCUACACCUCGCCAAGAUAGCCAAGAGGGAAGAGAACACGCCAGGCUGGGUGUUUGCAGAGGAUGAUGGGAAGACUAGACAUCCAUUUUGGUGUCCCCUGCUAGCCUGCCGACUUCCCAUCUUCUCCUCCAAAACACAAGACCAAAAGCUGGAGACGGCCCUUCACAACCCGGUCCAAUGUGCCCUGCUGGCAUUCUCUGCAGCCAGCACCUCUCUGCCGCAGGGCUACCUUUGGGUGGCCAGUGGAGGUGACCGCAACCAUGGUCAAGUGGAAAUCUUCUCUCUGAACCGCUCCACGCCGCGCAUGGUCAAGUCCAUCCAGAUGGGGGCGCCAGUCCUGUGUCUGGAUCACGUGAUGGAGCCUUGUCCCACCGAGGAGGAAGAGGAGGGGGAGGCUGCUGUCAAGAGCACAGGCAGGACUGGCAACACCAUCUGUGUAGGCCUGCAGGAUGGCAACAUUCAUGUGUACGGUACCGUGGACACUUCGACCCAGUGCCUGCUGACCUUCUCCAACCCAGACAGUUGUCCAGUUCUGUGCCUAAAACACUCUGCCUCCUUCCUGUUCGCUGGGCUGGGGAAUGGAAAAGUGUCUGUUUACGCUCGGAAGAGUGGAGAGGGGCUGUGGGACCCUGAGUCGUGCAGGCUGGUGACUGUGGGCAGUGGCCCCAUCCUCACCCUCCUAACCCUAGAGAAUGCUGUGUGGGCCAGCUGUGCCAACCACGUCACCGUCAUCCAGGGCUCCAGCCUCCACACACAGAGUUUUGACGCGCACCCGGAGCCCGCGGUCAGUGUGAGUCACAUGGUGCGAGCGGGGGGAGGGGUGUGGAUGGCCUUCUCCGAGGGCUCAUCCAUCCGCCUGUUCCACACGGAGACACUGGAGCACCUGCAGGAGAUCAACAUCUCCACACGCUCCACCUUCCUCAGCCCAGGGCAGCAGGGCAGCGUCCGGGUCACCAGCCUACUCAUUUGCCAGGGGCUGCUGUGGGUGGGCACUGCCCAGGGCAUCAUCGUCACCCUGCCCGUGCCCAAACUGGAGGGUAUCCCCAAAAUAACAGGUAAAGGGAUGACGUCUCUAAACGCUCACUGUGGCCCUGUGGAUUUCCUUGUGGUCACCUCCAGCACCCUGUCCCCAGACAUGCUCAAACGGGAUUCUGUUUGCGAGACUGCCGACCAGGCCAAUAGGGGAGCGGGAGGAGGAGAGGGUGGGGAGCGGAGGAAUGAAUUGUCCCAGGAGUCACUCUCGCAACCUGACUGCUCCUCCCCCCAGGGAGAGCCCACCAAGGCCAAGGGAAUGCUGCUUCAGUAUCGCCUCCGCUCAACCACCCAGCUGCCCGGCAAGCUGCUGACAGCCGAACCCGACCAGAGCCCAUGUGACGCCCCACCGGAGACCCCGGAGCACAGCCCUGAGGACGGCUCUAUCUACGAGCUGAGCGAGGACCCUGAGGUAUGGGUGCGGGGGCAGCCCCCGGCCAGGGAGGGGCGCGGGAAGGACAAGGUGACCUCUGCUGCCGUCUUCUCCGGAGGCAGGGGGUUCCGUCGACUUGGGGAGGAGACUAUAGCAGCCAAUGGGGACCCAGAUGAAAGUACGCUCAUGGUUUGGCAACUCCCACUAACAGUGAGCCCAUGAGGAUACAAGGCUGAUUGGAUGAGACGAGAGCUGGCUCCUCCCACUCGCCUGAUGUAUUGCGUGCUCUAUGAAGAAGAGACUAUUAAACAAUAUAUAUUCAGGAUGACUAGACUGUCAUGAAGGGCUAUACAGUAUGGUACAUUCCUCUACCACCUUGGUGGUUGGAUUUCUGGAUGGAGUCUGAGGGAGUAGUGGUGUGCUGCAAACUGUGAGCAUGUUUCAGGCCCUCACACACGCUCCUCCCAGCAGAUGCUUCUUCAGUCUGGCAGAUCUAGACCAGGGGGUCUCGUCAAAUGGAAUUUGAGGAGGUUCACUCAACAUGAUUUUGCAUUUUGCACGUUCUUGAAGGAAGUAUAAUUGACAAGUGAUUGAAAAGUGACAGUUACGAAUGUUAGAUUUUCUUGUUGUCACUCUAAUUGACUCCUAUUGCCAGUGUAUCAAGUGUGUUGCUAACACAGAACAUGACAGCUAAUGUUAAUGUUAGGGUGUAUGGGAGCAUGUUUAUAAAGUACUUCUAUACUCUUUACACCCCCCCUUAAAGGGUACGUUCAUGUAAAGUGUUACCAGUUAACUUAAUGUAAAGUAGAGAUACAGUACACUUACAGGUAUCCCGCUUUUGGGGGAAAAGAGAAAUCUACAUAUAACAUUUCUCUAAAAUCAACUUGAUGAUCAACAUACUGUGUAAUAACAUCUUGUCCUGUCUUUCUGUGAGAAUGUUGUCUAAUAUCCUGUUUUCCAUUUCAAUAAACCAGAAGAUGUGAAGAAGAAGAAAAAGCACCAAGGGAAAGAAUGUCUCAGCUACUUUAUGCUUGACAGGUACUUAUUUUGGACAGUGUGUUUACACUGUGUCACGUUGUUAUUUGAAUAAAGAGAUCAUGGUCUGAUACAAGCUCUUUUGCUGAUUUUUGCCAACUCAGUGAAUGCCUUUGGGGAGGCAGUUGAGAUACAAGCUAACAGACUAUUAUUAUCUUGGACACAGAGGGGGACAUGGUGUGUGUGUGUGUGUGUGUGUGUGUGU